GCAGACAGUCUCGCACACACAAAGGCACACAGAUGCGAGCCCUGUGAAUCACCCAGCCAGUGAGUCAGCCCCCAGGAUUCCUGUCGGGGAGCGAUCGAGGCUGGGCAGAGGUCUGGCGGUCCAUCUGUCGGUCUGCUUGAGUGUGUAGGCUGUCUGUGCCCGGCGUCCGGAGAACCCCUAUACCCACCAUGACGGGGCUGCUGAAAAGGAAGUUGGACCAGCUGGAGGACGACGACUCCUCACUCUGCUCGUCUUCCUCAUCUUUGUCCUCGGGCCACCACUCUGGCCCCUGCUCCCCAAGCUCUUCACUCUCCCCGGCCUGGGACUUGGAAGAGGAGGGCCCCUGGGAUCAGAUGCCCCUGCCUGACCGCAAUGUCUCUGGCCCCCGAAGUUUCACCCCCCCGUCCAUCCUGAAGCGGGCUCCCCGGAAGCGCCCAGGGCGCGUAGCCUUCGAUGGCACCACCGUUUUCUACUUCCCUCGGUGCCAGGGCUUCACCAGCGUGCCCAGCCGUGGAGGCUGCACUCUGGGUAUGGCCCCUCGCCACAGCUCCUGCCGCCGCUUCUCCUUGGCCGAGUUUGCACAGGAGCAAGCCCGGGCCCGGCACGAGAAGCUCCGCCUACGCUUGAAGGAGGAGAAGCUGGAGGUGCUUCGAUGGAAGCUUACAGAGGCUGGGGUACCUGAGACGGAGGCUGGCCUGCCACUGACAGUGGACGCCAUUGAUGAUGCCUCUGUGGAUGAGGAGCUGGCAGUGGCCGUGGCAGGCGGCCGGUUGGAGGAAAUGACCUUCCUUCAGCCCUACCCCGCCCGGAAGCGGCGGGCUCUGCUGCGGGCUGCUGGUGUGCGGAAGAUAGAUCGAGAGGAGAAGCGGGAGCUGCAGGCUCUGCGCCAAUCCCGGGAGGACUGUGGCUGUCGCUGCGAUAGGGUCUGUGACCCUGAGACCUGCAGCUGCAGCCUGGCAGGCAUCAAGUGCCAGAUGGACCACACAGCGUUCCCCUGUGGCUGCUGCAAGGAGGGCUGUGAGAACCCCAAGGGCCGCGUGGAAUUUAAUCAGGCGCGGGUUCAGACCCAUUUCAUCCACACGAUCACCCGCCUGCAGCUGGAGCAGGGGGCUGAGAGCCUGGGGGAGCUGGAGGCCCCUGCCCAGAGUGGCCCACCCAGCUCUGGUGGGCAGGUCCUGACCCCCACUUUCCCACUGGCCAAGCCCCCCGUGAGCAGCGAGCUGGGAGACCACAGCUGCAGCAGCGACAUGACUGACUCUUCCACAGCAUCAGGCACUAGCGAGCCUCACGAUGACCCUGCCCACCCAGCCCUGCCUGGCCCCGGCUUCCAGCCUGAUGUGGAUGACGACAGCUUAGAGUGGAUCCUGAGAUUAAGUGACUCUGACCUGGGCGGAGAGGAAGAGGAGGAGGAAGCGGGUGUGGGGAACCUCGACAACUUCAGCUGCUUCCACUUAGGCGAUAUCUUUGGUUCUGGUGACCCCGGUGGCCUGUCCAGCUGGACCCAUGGCUAUUCCAGCUCUAGCCUCACGUCAGGCAUCCUGGAUGAAAAUGCCAACCUGGAUGCCAGCUGCUUCCUAAACGGUGGCCUGGAAGGAUUGGGAGGAAGUAGCCUCCCUGGCACCUCUGCGCCACCCAGCGCAGACGCCGGCCAGGGCAGCUCAGUGGACCUCAGCCUGUCUUCCUGUGACUCCUUUGAGCUGCUCCAGGCCCUGCCAGACUACAGUCUGGGGCCUCACUACACCUCUCGGAAGGUGUCUGACAGCUUGGACAACCUUGAGGCACCCCACAUUCCCUUCCCUGCCCUUUCCCCGCCUGGAGACACCAGCGUUUGCUUCUUUGAAUCCAUCAUGGGCUUGUCUGAGCCGGCUGCCGAGGGCCUGGUUUCCUUCAUGGACAGCCAGUUGUUUGAGGACACUGCCCCAGCAUCACUGGUGGAGCCUGUGCCCGUGUGAGGACUAGGCUGCCUUUUCUGGGCCCUGAAAGCCCUGUUGCUGCUGUGCCAUAAUUUGGGGGCUCCCCGGGGUCCGUAUGUAGCUGUCUCCCAUUGCCUGGCUCACCCAUGUGGGCACUCCUAAUUUUCAUGCAACACUCUGGAUUGAUUUUUUAUUUAUUUUUAUUAACUUUCUGAGUUGAAGAAAGUGUGAGAGGGGGCUCCCCCCCUUCAGCUGCCCGGUGCCCACAGUUUCUUCCACUUCCAUGGCGCAUGCCAAGAAGAGGAGGGCAUGAUGUUUCUUAGCCCUAAGACAGCAAGACAGGGCUGGAAACAUCUACCUCUCCCAGCUUCUGCCACCAUGAGCCCUACCCCCCUGGGUGGCUGAACCCUCUGGACUGUGAAGACUAUAAUUUAUUUCCAUAAUUUAUUUGGAGACUAGGUGGCUUAGGCUUCUCAUCCCUGGCUGGUAGGCAAUACUGAGGUCGGGGUGGGGCACAGACCCCACGAGUCCCUUUUGCCUUGUCCUGCAGGCCUGCCCUGCCUGGUCUUAGGUGUAGACCAGAUAUGGAUUCACACCCUGUGUCUACCCUGGCAGCUGCCUGGCUCUGGAUGGCUGAGCAGGCAGAGGCUAGCCUAGGACAGUGUCUGGGCAAGGGAGGGACUAGGCUGACCAACCAUGACCAAAACCCUCUUCUGCUCCACUCAGCCCCCUCCACUUCCUGUCCUCUGCCCCAUCUCCCCUCCCCCAAGGGCCACAGCCUUUAGUCCUGGCCCAUCUAUGUAGGAAGGGGAAGAAGGCCUAGAGAGGGCAAGGGGCUUGCCUCAGGGCCCACAGCAUGCCCUUGAAGACUAUCUCAGGGCUUUCUGGGCACUGCACUCCAGCCUGGCCCACCUGCCUGUGUCCUUGGUCAGUUGGCCAGGGCAAGGGGUGGCACCUUAGGGCUUUUAUGCCCAUUUGCUGAUGUUGAAUUUUGCAUCCUAAUUUCUAUAUUGUCCCUGAAUAUUAGAGCUAUAAUUUAUUCAUUUUUCUCUGUGUCUGUGCCAAGGAGCCCAGGCUCUGGACCAGCCUUCUUACCCAGGAGGCCUUGUCAGCCUGUGUGCUUGUGGGAACACCUUAUACCUGAACUUACAGGUACCAAUAAAAAGGCUCUAUUUUUAA